AUUGUUCAAAAGCUGUCCACCACGAAAGAGCGUUUGAAAUCGUUUUGGCUUUCAAAUAUUUUUUAUUCGGUUUUAAAGUGAUUUUUUGGUUCAAAAUACAUCAAAAGAUUAAGAAAAAGCGACAGCGUUCGAAAGAGAAAAAAUAAAAAUAAAUAUUGAACAGAUAAAUUAAAUUUUUUUUGACAAGAUGGAGCAUUCAGAUUAUGGACAGCAAAAGGGGAAAAAACAGAGUAACAAUUUGCCGUUCAAUGGCAACGAAUCAACAAUGAAUUUAAAUCCACUAAUUUUAACAAAUAUUCAGAGUUCUAGUUAUUUUAAAGUUACUUUGUUUAAACUAAAGACAUACCAUGAGGUGAUUGACGAGAUUUACUACCAAGUUAAACAUUUGGAACCUUGGGAACGUGGAUCACGCAAGACAUCUGGUCAAACUGGCAUGUGUGGCGGGGUUAGAGGAGUUGGAGCUGGUGGAAUUGUUAGUUCUGCAUUUUGUUUGUUGUACAAACUUUACACAUUACGUUUGACUAGGAAGCAAGUCAAUGGUUUAAUGUCACAUACGGAUUCGCCAUACAUUAGAGCGUUAGGCUUCAUGUACGUUCGUUUUACACAGCCGCCCGGUGAUUUAUUUGAUUGGUACGAAGACUAUUUGCAAGAUGAAGAAGAAAUCGAUGUGAAAGCAGGAGGUGGCCAGAUGAUGACAAUUGGACAAAUGCUGUACCUAUGGUUGACAAAACUCGAAUGGUUCUCCACAUUGUUCCCUCGAAUUCCAGUUCCAAUUCAGAAGCAAAUUGAAUCCAAAAUGAACAAUUAUUGUCGAGAGCACAAUGUAAAUUUUUCAACUGCAAAUGCAUGCUCAACACAAAGUGAGCCUGAAAAACGAAAUGAACGACGGGAACGAAGUGUUGAGCGAAAACGUGACGGUGGCGGCGGUGGUGGCGGCGGUGGUGGCGGCGCUAGAGACCGAAGUGAAAUGAUGAAGCGACGAAUUGAUGAAAGACAUGAAUCAAGACGAAAUGAUGAACGACACGAAACGAGACGAAAUGAUGAAAGAUACGAAUCGAGACGGGACCGUGAACGCGAUUAUCGUCAAAGAAAAUCCCGUUCGAGAUCACCAAGAGAUCGUCAUUACAAACAUAGUAGAGGUGGCGGCAGUGGAAGCAAAGAUUACGGAAGUGGAAGCAAAGAUUACGGACGCAGAAGUCGAAGUAUAGAUCGCGAUGAUCGACGAUAUCGCUAAUUUCUGAAACAAUUAUCAUAUAAUUGAAAUUUCUUAAUCGAUAUUUUAUUUUGGUUAUGUUGCAUAAAUUGUCACGAAUUCAUCCGAAAAUCGAUGUAAAUGAGAUAAAAAAAUUGAUUGAAAAGUGUAAACGUCCGCAUACACAUUCUACAUUUGUAAAGCCGAUCAUCAAAUUAUUGUUGUUCAUAUCAAUAUCAUAGAUUUUACAUACGCAAGCCAAACAAAUAGUUUUACACAGUCAAUGAGUAAAAUUACUUCUUUGGCCUGCGUAUUUUUAUACAUAAGAAAGUGUCUUAAUUCACAUGUUAUUUCUUACGUUUCAACCUCAUUUUCUUUAAGGAUCAUAUAAACAGAAAAAAGUCGGUAAACAUUUAUUACAUUUUAUUGAAUUUCCUGAUGUUUUAUACAUAUUCAACUUAUUAAAAGUUUACGGACGGUCGAUUAAAGUUUACCGAAACACAUAAACUUGAAGUUAGUUUACGGAUUCGAAACUAAAAGAAAAAUAAAUAUUUAUUUUGAAUAAAAAAAACUAGAAAAAUAAUUUUUUCUUUAAAUUUA